UUGUCGACAUGUCGUUUACUAUAACGAAAAAAAUUACGGCCGUGGUUCCAAUGGCAGAUUCACAGAAUAACGUAUAUUGCCAUUUGCCAUAUUGGUCUCUUCUCUUUAAUCUUAUCUUUCAAAGUCUAAACUUGUUUAGACUUGAAACACCUUGUCAUUACAUGCUACACAAUUGUCCAAAAUGCCAAACUUUUAGUUUAGUAACAUUUUUUUUUUCAUACUUCAAAGUUCAAAUAACAAACCAGUGUAAUUAUUUCACGUGUUAUAUACUUAUAUGAAAUGGAUACUAUUAAAUUUGAAAAAGAGGAAGUAAUUGAGGUGGUGAAUAGUGAAGCUGAGACUGAUACACAAUCUUUCAGUGAAGAAUCAGAAUCUUAUUAUCAAGAUUUUAGACAAACUGGUUUACAAAUUUGUACUGAUGAUUAUCCUGGCCAAUUUAAUUUUGAUUUUUUUUUAGAUGUUACAGAAAUGUCUAAAAGACAUUGGAUGUAUUCUGCAGCUUUGAAUAAAAUAUACAUUGAUAUGAAUCGAGUAUUACCAAUUCAAUUUCAAUGGCGAUUUGAUGAUAUUGGAUUAUUAGGAAUAAAAAAUCUUCAAAUACGUGCAUUACCAAUUUUUGCAAAUCCUGAAUUUCAACAAUUGUCUAUAAAACGUUGUCCUAUACAUAUUUUGCAGGAUAAAUUGUGUGAUAGAAAAAAAAUUGAACACAUACUUUGGUGUGAACAAAAUGAUGCUAUUUAUGAACAAAAUAGCAUAAGCCAAAGACAUAGUGUUGUUGCCAUUGUUCGCAAUUUUGUUCCUUGUUCAGAUUUUAAAACUUAUAAUGUAUUAUAUAAAUUUAUGUGCAAAUCUAGUUGUAGUAUGAGUCUUAAUCGAAGACCCGUUCAUGUAAUUUUUACUUUAGAAACAUUACAUGGACAAGUAUUAGGUAGAAAAAAAAUUGGUGUGAAAGUUUGUAGUUGUCCAAGGAGAGACAUGUUAAAAGAAGAAGCGAUAGAAAGAAAAAGAAUAACACCAGUAAACACUUUUAACAAACGUACAUCAUUAAUUGACGAUAAUGAAAUUCCAGGAAAAAAAUUGAAAGCCAAUAAUGAAAACACCGAAAAUAAAAUUUAUGAACUACCAUCAUUACCUAUUCUAGGAAAACAGUUAUAUUUAAGCACUUUAGAAUUAUUGCAUGGUCAUUUUUUGGGUAGUGCUGUUCGAGAAGAUCACUUAAUAGACUCUCAUCCUUUGAUUAGCAUGCUUGCUGAUCUUAUAUCUCAAGUGAAAUCUGAAAAUAAUCAUAACAAAGCUGAAUCAGAAAACUCAUUAACACAGUCAAAUUAAAAAAUAUAUUCAUAUGAUAAUAAUAAGAACGUUGUAAAAGUGCAAACAAAAUAUGUUAUUCAAAUUGACAAUACAAAAAUAAUUUGAUGUUACAAAAGGUAAAUUUGAUUGUUGUACCCAUUUUAUUUAUAAAGUGUUUUUACAAUUAUUCAACUAUUUUAAUCACUUAUAUUAUCAUUAUUACCUGAAUGACCAAUACAGCAUAAAAAAAGUAUCUUGUGGAUGCAAUAGAAUUUAUUUUAUUAGCUAUUAUUGAAGAGCAACUUUUUUGAAAAUAUUUUUCUGGAUCUGGUUGUUCACCAUCUGUGAAUGUAUUGCAAAUAGCAUCAGGUAAACAACAGCUUAUAGGAGCAGCAGGUAUAAUGAAUUUUCCAUUUUGUUGUGUGAAUCUUGAAUAAAAUUUUAAUUAAUAUCAUUCCAAUUGAUAAGACAUUAUUUUGUACUUUUUUAGUAGAGAGAAUGAAGAUAAAGUAAUUGGUGAAACCCAAGCUGUUUGGAACCAAUCUGUAUUUUUGGAACUACCACAGCAAUAAUAAUGUUGUUGAAAUUGAUCCCAAAAUAAUUGCCAAGCUCUAUUCGUGGAAUAUUUAUUGAGACUAGAAGUCAGGAUGUUUUCUAUCUCUCCUGAAAUAGUUUGCAGAGUAAAUUGUAAAUUGGCACAAUAAGAAAUAAGUACCAUGGCUUCAACUGCAGUUACUACAACAUAAGAUCUCAGUUUUAGACUUUGCUUUGUUAGUGCACUUUUCCUAAAAACCAAAAAAAGUUUGUUGAUUACUCAAAAUGUGUAUAUUCUACUAAUGAAAAUUUAGUUUUAGUAUACAAUUGUUGGGAAUCUAUUACUGUAUUUUAGACACCCUUGCUAAUGCUAAUACACAUUUUUUAUGUAAGAUUCGGACUAUUAUGUAUUAGGGAUACAAUUAUACAGAAUUAUACAUGUCCUCUUAAGGUCUGAUCAGAAAAAAAGCAAUGUGUAAAUUUUUUGUGAUUAUGAAUAUUAUACCAAUAUUACCUAUUGUUAA